AUGGACGCCGACAUUGCUUAUCGAGCAGGUGGAAAAGACGAUGUCUCGCCACAUGAGAAGAGCGACUUGGCGGCCGAGAAUGGCACGGCCGAGGACACCUUGAGUCCGGAACACGAGAAGCAGCUGGUGCGCAAGAUUGACCUUCAUCUCAUGCCUAUCCUGAUCGCCAGUUACGGGCUGCAAUACCUUGAUAAGACGAGCUUGGCAUACAGUGCCAUCUUGGGCCUGCGGCAGGACCUGAAACUCGUCGGUCAGGAAUACAGCUGGACCUCCAGCAUCUUCUACGUGGGCUACUUGGUCGCGUCUUACCCGAUCUCUCUCGGCUUCGUCAAGUUUCCUCUUGGCAAAUAUCUGAGCAUCCUGAUGCUUCUUUGGGGCAUUGUUCUUACCCUCCAUGCUGUGGCCAACAAUUACGCAAGUCUGAUGGUCCUUCGAACGCUCCUUGGUGUCUUUGAGAGCGCCAUCAGCCCAGGCUUCUCGCUGAUCACGGGUAUGUGGUACACGCCACACGAGCAUGUCUCACGGCAUUCCAUCUGGUUCGCGGGCAACGCGUCGGCGAGCAUCAUCGGAUCGAUGAUCGCCUACGGCAUUCUCAAGUAUCAUGGGCCAAUAGCCCAGUGGAAGAUGCUGUUCCUGAUCUUCGGCCUCAUUACCGUUGCUUGGUCCAUCCUCAUGUUCUUCGUCCUGCCCGACUCUCCUUCGACCGCGAAGUUCCUCACCACUUCCGAGCGCGAAUUCGCUGCUCUUCGCCCAAAGAAGUUCCAGCGAACGACACAGACCAAGAAGUGGGACCGCGGGCAGUUCUUGGAAGCCCUGAAGGACGUUAAGACUUGGUGGUUCUUCUUAUUCUCUUUCAUCAUCUGCAUUCCCAACGGCGGAACCACAAGCUUUAGCACAAUUAUCAUUCAGAGCUUUGGAUAUGACACUUACCAAACCAUCUUGAUGGGCCUCCCUGCAUCUGCCUUCCAGCUGGCUACAGUCGCCCUGGCUGCCGUUUUCACGACCUACAUACGGGGGACCCGCCAUAUUGCUCUCAUCCUGAUUUUCCUCAUGGCAAUAGCCGGGAUUCUCAUGAUAAAGCUGCUUCCUGACUCCCAGAAGCUAUCUCGUCUUGCCGGCUUCUGGCUCAUCAGUGCCAUUGCCCCAGCGUUCCCACUGAUGCUGUCUCUUGCCGCAAGCAAUUUCGCAGGUUUUACAAAGAAGUCGACUGUCAUGGCCCUGAUCUUCUUGGCAUACUGCGCAGGCAACCUUGCUGGGCCGCAGUUCUUUAUCAAUACCGAGGCCCCAAGUUAUCAUAUGGGCUUGAUGUCGGGUCGGAAGCCGGAGCAACAGAUCUACCGCGGGCAAGGAUCCCAGGCUCAGUCCAACUACAUCUACCCAGCACAGCCUCAAUACCAACCAAUAUUGUCGUGUUCUAUCUACAGUUUCUUCUCAGUCAAAAUGCAAAGUGCGAAUAUGGACGAUAUCAUGUUGCUAGUAUUCGAUGAACUUGUGGGUGAUGCAACCACUCUUGCUCGUGUUGGGCUUGUUUCGCGCUCAUGGCGAACACUGUCACUCCCUUUUUUGUUUCGGGAUAUCAACCUGAGCUGCCAUAACAAUGGUCGACUUCCAGAGCACGAGGAUCCCAGCUUUCCACUCUUGUUUGGAGUAGUCAUGAGUGACUACUCCGAUAGAUACCGUCCACGCAACCUAGUCACCCGACAACGCGCCUUUCUUCGCCUCAUGACAGAGAGACCCGAGCUCGCCACAAAAGUGAAAGCAUUCGCUUGGACCCUCGUAUGGCAAGACUUUGACGACGAAGGGCUGGGUGACAUUGACUUGCGGACCUGGUAUGUUUUUGGUCUCAUGCGGAAUGUCGCCCGCUUGGAUCUCGCGUCGCUGCACGAGAUUGGGUGGGAACCAUUCAUUCGCCAAAAUCCUAGCCGACUGUUCCCGGCUGUCACUCACCUCCGCCUUGUAGGCUGGAUGCACCGCGGGCUGGUAAAGGCUAUAUUGUCCUCGCUUGAUACAAGCAGACUGGUAUAUCUCAAUCUCGACCACCUGCAAGACGAAGGCGCCUUGCCCAACGGUAAGCCGAUGGAGGAUGACUGGGCUAGGGAGAGUCUGUACAGCUUGGAUGCCAGUGAAGAUAUUGACGACGACCUAUUCGCACGUCAAGAGAUGGGAGGCGUGGCCAUCUUCCCCGGUCCUAUGUGGUAUCCCCUGCGGCUCCUGCGUGAGCAGUCCUUGGCCUCUAUGUCUCAUCUUCACGUCCGACUUGGGCCUGUGGAUCGACAGAUUGAUAGAAGAAACUAUUUUUGCAUGUUCAAGGAGCUGUCUGAUUUCAUCAGGAGUGCUAAGGACACCCUUAGAGACAUUCACAUCGGACUAGGAGAAGCUCCGCACCAACACUGCCCGGAUGAGCAUCUUCGUAACAUUUGCGGGACAUACCGCGCGAGAAUAGGCACAUAUCGUGCCUUCUCUUUCCACAUGGCGUCAAUUUUGCUGCAUCACUUGCUGCCGGCACUCACGGAGGAGUCCUACCCGCUUCUGACACGAGUCGACUUGGAAGGAUUCCGUGUCAUACAGACCGGUGGAUCAAGCUGGAGCUCCCACCAUGACUUAACAUGGCAAUACAUCCGAGCCUGUCCAUUUGUUGAUGAGGAAUUCAUCAAAAAGGCCAACAUCGAUUACCGUCAACCAUUUGUUGGUGGCGGCGAGCGACCUACGAAAGUCAUAAAGCCUUCCAGAACUUGCCCACAAUCCCGCGGCGAGCACCAGCGACUGGAGUCGCAGGAACGCGCGGCGGUCCGAAAGGAAGGCCACGUGUCCCCAGCAGUCACCAUCAGCUUCGCAGUUCUCGCAGUUGACGUAAGUGAUGCAAUUGUCAUUCUCAGCAAGACUCUUGAGAGCCUGGCACACGCGGUCGCCAGUGACGUUGCCGAUGGAAUCGUCCUCACCAUUACCGCUGGUCAAUAUUGCUAUCGAGACACGGAUGACAGCGACUCGAGAAGAUGUGUGACGUACAACGACCGGAACGAGUUGGCUCACCAAGCGCUACCCUUGCUUGAACAUCACAUCAUACAAAACGGCAGUGAUCUUGAGAUUGACUAG